UCUAUGACGAGACACGUCUAACCGGAACGAGCGCGUUUGUUUGGCUAUGCUCCGUCCGCCAUUGUCACCAUCGCUGUGCGGCUGUUGUUGCGUUCUACGGGAGCUCUUUGUUUACGCGGAAAGUCGGCAGUGAUUGUGAGAACAACAACGAGGUAAUACGGCCCGAGAGAAAUAACAACCAGGGCCCAUCGACGCGCGCCCACACGGACAGCACCUACUGCAAUCAGACGGAUCGACAGACUGCAGAGCGAGUCACUACGAUAAUCUACCUCAGUGUCGACGAACGAGAGCUUGUGGUAUCAACCUGCGAUGGUGUUGGAAACGGAGAGAUCUAAGUCAUUCUCUAUCGACAGUCUGGUGCGCGCCAGUCACCCGGCGAUGAAUCUACUGGAUAAGACGAACCUCAUGCAGAGAGUGCAGGAAUACAACGCUAUGUACAGCCACCCUAAUGCAGCUUACUACUACAACCCGUCCGAUAUGAAGCCCCAGAUAAAGCUGGAUCCGCAGGAGAAGGCACCGCCAUUGGAAAAGAUCUACACUACGAUGGGGGCCUAUAGAGUUGCCGACGGUGCCGAGGACAAUAAAGAGAACAUCGUGUAUACGCACGACUCCCGCGGCCAGCCGUACAUCCUGCCUGCGGCCGUAGAGAGGGAGCUGGGGGAGGUGCCGUCACAGUGGUCGGCAAAGCGAGAGCGAGAUGAGGAUGAGAAGACAGAGCAACAGAAAGAUAUGCAGUCGACGAAGCGAGUGGCUGUGGACGACGCGAGUAAUACCACGCCGCAUAGAGACGACCCGCAGACUCCUCCCACUCCCAUCACCUCCCUGCAGACUACGACCUCCUCCUGCGCCUUCAGCGGCUCCGGUAAGAGGAAGAAACCGAGGACGUCGUUCACUAACGAUCAGAUCUACGAGUUGGAGAAGAAAUUCCGCUUGCAGAAAUACCUGGCUGCUGCUGAGAGGUCAGAGUUCGCCGACAAACUAAAGCUGACCGACACGCAGGUGAAGACGUGGUUUCAGAACAGACGCAUGAAGUGGAAGCGAAUGAGUCAAGUAGAGGCAGAGAAUGAGAUGGGUGGCUCGCCCUACGCUGCGAUGGGAUACGGCCCGGGAAUGCCCGGGAUGCCACCACCCAUGGCCGCCUACCCACCCGCCGGUGCCUACCCCCCGACCACCAACGCCAUGGGAAUGCAAAUGGCGUACGGUUAUCCACAAGGAUCCCCUCAACAGCAGUCCACUUUUAUGGCGCGCACGCCACCUUGCGGAGACAUUCGGCAGUCGAUGGUCAACCAAUCGCAAAUGCUGCAGGCUUCUUUCAACAAUGCAAGUCCGUCUAGUGGAAUAUAUUACCCUAGCUAUCAGACGUUCGCGGCUCCUAGACCCGGGAUUUCCCGGCCCUGUCCAACGUUUCCCGUAUAGCAAAAAUGUUGCAGGAUGUAUAGUUUUUACCACGAGGUGCCCACUGUUUGUUGCACCGAGUUAAAAUAAUUAAGGUUGUCCCGUGACAAUUUUUUUCUCUUGCCGUGUACAGUUUAUGCGCUGUUUUAACUAACUCGGAUUUAUUUUAAUCUACGACCUUGCGCACGACUUUUGACAGCAAUGCUGCCGAUAAUGAGGAAGGCAAUAGAAUAUAUUAUCGGGCGAUAUUUCAUUCUGUGUUUAUGUAAACGUGUAGUAGAGCUAUUACUUGUAAAGCAACUGCUUUCUCCCGUGUUCAUGCUUAGUAACUCCGUCGUCUAGUAAUUUCCAAUAAAGUAUAUUUAGUUUGUUCGUAACUAGGGGUUUAAACUGCAAUGUUGCGAGCGAGUGUCUCUGUAAGAUAAAUGAUUAUUAUAGCCUAUGCAUAGAGAUUGUGAGACAUUUUCUGAAUGUGUACAUAAUGUGCUUGCCUGACAUCUUGUUCAUUUUUUAAAUAAACAAAACAUAUUUUAUCAUAAUUGUA